AUUAUGCAAUAUGCACGUUGGCUAAGGCGGUUAAGCAAGCUGCUGCAGCCCGCUUCACUACAUCUAAUUCUACGAUAAAUGGACCCUCACGGGUUGUUGGCUACUCCCAGUGCUACUCUUGCUGCAUCCGCAUGCAUUAUCGCGAAGAAACAUGAGUGGCCAGCCUUCUGCCACUAAUCUUCCCCUCAUCAUAUGUUGGGACUUAUCAGUGCGGCAGAAACCGAAAACACAUGGUUGCCUCACGGAUCAACGGUUCCUCGACUCUCUAUUUGAUCCAGUAGAACAGGCUUCCUCGUCCGAUCUCCCGACCAAACCUUCAUACAGUAGCAAUAUUAGUUCGUUGCAAGCCGUCAACUCCAGGCAACUCCAGGCGGCAUCCACAACUCUCAACCCCACUCGUACGCCCGCUCGCUUGCUCGCCCCUGCUUUUUUUUUUUUCCUUUUCUUUUUUUCUUCUUUUUUUCCCUUCAGAAAUUGUUUCGGUAGAUCACGAAGUGCAACAACGAGGGAGUUAAUUGCAGCUGAUAUACCGUUCCGUCCUCAUGACCAUCUUUGUCUCAACAGAAAUCUGUCUAGCUGGUCAAGACCUUUCAAUUUACCGCAGCAGCGACAAGAUGAUGCUCAACAACUGUCAUGGUGCGGGACGAUAGGUCUGUGGCAGAGAAGUCGCUCACCGAAACUCAUGCAUGGCGUUAAGGUGCAAUAAUGCGUGUGUAUUACCGAUGGCCGCAUCAUGGGGACGUGGGCGACAUAUCAUUGCAGUUUCGGGCACAGCAAGCUCCUCUCGGAGGCACUCUGCCGCCGAGUUCCGAUUGGCACAUGGAUACCUAUAGCAUAUGCCUCUCGAUGCAGCCUGAUUGGAAAGCUCAGAAUGAAAAGUAAGGGAGGGGGAAAUGUUGCAAUUGCCGAGGGGGGGGAUUUCUUUUCUUUUUUUCUUUCUUUUCGACGU